AUGGCUUUUAAUGGAGGGAAAGAUGCCGGCCUCGCCACCGAGAACGAGCGCUACCUGCGCUGCUGCGCCGAGGUCGCCAGCGCCCUGAUCGAGGACUACGAGGCGUCCAAGGACCCCAAGAAGCCGAAGCGCGACAUCAACCUCAACAGCCUGCGCUCCAAGCUGUCGCGCAAGCACAAGCUCGCCAACCUGCCCCCGCUGACGGCCAUCAUCGCCGCCGUCCCCGAGCACUACAAGAAGUACAUCCUGCCCAAGCUGGUCGCCAAGCCCAUCCGCUCCUCCUCGGGCAUCGCCGUCGUCGCCGUCAUGUGCAAGCCCCACCGCUGCCCGCACAUCGCCUACACCGGCAACAUCUGCGUCUACUGCCCCGGCGGGCCCGACUCGGACUUCGAGUACAGCACCCAGUCCUACACCGGCUACGAGCCCACCUCGAUGCGCGCCAUCCGCGCCCGCUACGACCCCUUCGAGCAGGCCCGCGGCCGCGUCGACCAGCUCAAGUCCCUCGGCCACUCGGUCGACAAGGUCGAGUACAUCAUCAUGGGCGGCACCUUCAUGUCGCUCGCCCCCUCCUACCGCGAGGAGUUCAUCGCCCAGCUGCACAAUGCCCUCAGCGGCUACCAGACGGCCAACGUCGACGAGGCCGUCGAGGCCGGCGAGAUGAGCAACAACAAGUGCGUGGGCAUCACCAUCGAGACGCGACCGGAUUAUUGCUUGGCCCCACAUCUGACCGACAUGCUGCGGUACGGCUGCACCCGCCUAGAGAUCGGUGUGCAGUCGCUGUACGAGGACGUGGCCAGGGACUCCAACCGAGGCCACACUGUUGCCGCCGUCGCCGAGACUUUCUGUCUGGCCAAGGACGCCGGGUUCAAGGUUGUCUCCCACAUGAUGCCCGACUUGCCCAACGUCGGCAUGGAACGUGAUAUCGACCAGUUCAAGGAGUACUUCGAGAACCCGGCCUUCCGCACCGAUGGCCUGAAGAUCUACCCGACCCUGGUCAUCCGCGGCACUGGUCUCUACGAGCUCUGGCGGACGGGCAGAUAUCAAAAUUACACCCCGAACGCUCUGAUCGACCUGGUUGCUAGGAUCCUGGCGCUAGUACCGCCGUGGACGCGCAUCUAUCGUGUGCAGCGAGAUAUCCCCAUGCCACUUGUAACGUCCGGCGUCGAGAACGGCAACCUCCGUGAGUUGGCACUGGCCCGGAUGAAGGAUUUCGGCACUACCUGCCGUGACGUGCGCACACGAGAAGUCGGCAUCAACGAGGUCAAGCACAAGAUUCGGCCCAACCAGAUUGAGCUCAUUCGCCGCGAUUAUACCGCCAACGGAGGGUGGGAAACCUUCCUUGCCUACGAGGACCCGAAGCAGGAUAUCCUGGUAGCUCUGUUGCGGUUGCGCAAGUGCACCGAGAAGUACACAUAUCGCGAGGAACUUACCGGACAGCAGACCAGCAUGGUUCGCGAGCUCCACGUCUACGGCACGGCAGUUCCCGUGCACGCGCGCGACCCCAAGAAGUUCCAGCACCAAGGUUUCGGCACCCUGCUCAUGGAGGAAGCGGAACGCAUCGCUCGAGAUGAGCACGGCAGCGACAAGAUCAGUGUCAUCAGCGGAGUCGGCGUGCGCAGCUACUACAAGAAGCUGGGUUACUGGCUUGAUGGUCCUUACAUGAGCAAGUGGCUCGACGGCAGAAAACAACCAGGCGCGUGA